CACCUAUCUGCCGGGUGCUUCCGAGUCCGCUACCGUCGAACUGGUUUAUUCCACGUUAUUCGCACUUUAUAAUUAUAUUUCACGCGAGAUGGCGCCAAAGAGUCAUUUCUAAGCACAGAAUUUUUUAAUAUUAUUGGAUGGUGGCGCCCUCAGUGCAAAGACUGCGCAUGCGUCAAAUGCUAAGGGUCAUGGCGGAUGCGCAGUCAAAUGCUAAGGGUCAUGUUAUGUUCUCAUAGCGGCAUGUAAACAAACGGUACAUAUGCUACCUUCCUGGUAACGCAAACGCAACCGGAAUGCAUAGCGGAAUGCAACUUUCGAAACCACCUUCGAAGUGUAAAAUAAUGGAGUCCGAUUCGGAGAUGUCUUUGCCACUUUUCGUCCCAUCACGGGACGAAGCGGUUACAGUCAAGAAGGCUUUUGAACUGAAAUCAGGAAUUAACUACUGCCGAUUUCGAGCAUAUGUAGGGAAAGAAGAGAUCACCCCAAGGAGCAUCCAUUUUCUGGAUUCAAGUGGUGUUGUGAAGGAAAAUGAGCAUCCCUUCAUAGUUGUCAAAACCGAUACCUACGAGUGCAUGUAUGGCAGAGACCGGCAUGCUGCACGGAAGCUCAAAGGGCAGGCUAAGGAUGAGGAACGUAUGAUAGAAGACCACCCUAUGCCACUGAAACGGACAUAUCGAAAUUGUCAAGCUUCACGAAAGAAGGGAUGCCCAGCAACAAUGGUCUUCAAAGAAGUCAUUUUGUUUACCGACUACAAGAUAAACAACACUGCAUCAGAGUGGAAGAAACGGCAGAUGAGCAAGGUCAUCCGCAGUGCCUUGGACAAUGGAGCGGUUGAGCUAACUCAAGAGCACAGAGUGUACAUCAAGUACCCCACAGAGGAAGCCCACCAAUCUGUCCAUGAAUUAGGACCGCGAUCAUCACUGAAAACUGCUGGACAGACAAACAUUUUGGAGGAGGCCUACAGCAAUGGCAUGAUUGCAAAAAACACUGCGUGUGCUGCACAAAUUUGCAGAGCGGGGCAGGAGACAGGACUGUCUGUUAAAGUUGUUGAGAACAAGUCUGUCUGAUGAGGAAAAGGCUGCUAAAGUUAAGCAGUUACAUGGACACAUGUACAAAACUAUGAAGGAGUUAGAAUGCCUGGGUGCUGAGACGAUUGUGAUCGGCACACAGCUCGAGAAACGGGAAGCACCCUUUCUGUGUUCGUCCAGGAAGGGCCUGUCUUAUUUAAAAGACCAUCCACUCUUCGUUCAGGAGAUAUGUUUGCAUCUAGAAUCGGAACAUCAAACAGCUGAAUGCACACAAAAAACUACAAGAACCACUGCUCUGCUACGCAAACAUGUGCAGACGUUGUUUAACGACAAAUACUCUCAUGCCAGCGGAAAGCCUAUGGCAAGGCUGCCAUACAAGCUGGUCGAUGCUGGAGUCAUCGGUUGCGAAGGACUACCACCUGGGGUGCUCCUUAAGAGACCAAGCAACUACGGCCAUAGAUGCUUGGAGAGAAUCUUGGUUGAAUCCGAGACAAUCAAGUUUGUAAUCCAUCCUCAUGAUGCUACCGUCUCAGAUGCUGCAGAUAUAAUCCAUCCUUAUGAUGCAAGUGGAGCUGCCACCACCUCACAGUGAAAACCUCACAGUGAAGACUUUCAGUUGGGGAUUGACAUCCAUGUUCUUUAGAUGAAAGACACUUACUUGUGUUUUCCCGGGAUUGGCACGUAGAUGGUUUGCAGUGUAGUAAGUUGUUAGACUAGCAGAGGAGUCAGGAUGCUUCAUUGUGGAGGGCCAUUCUUCUGUCUAUGCCAUCUGCUGCAGUUGCCAUUGAGAUCCACGAGAAACCGCCUGUUUGCCAACAGGUUCUUGAUCAGAUUUGUCAGUCUCACAUCCUUUACUUGCUGGUAUAUUUUUUUAUUUGGUAAGGAUUUGAUGGUUGACUGCGUCGUAAGCUGCGGAGAGGUAAAAUGCUAUAAUGUGUAAAUUGUUAAGUAAAUGCAUACAUCGAUCAUUUUGUGUAUAGGUUAUUAAUGUCCUUAUAUUAGCUGUAAGGGUAUAUCUCGUCUUGGUUUUUGUACUAACCAGAGCAAUUAUUGCCUUAAAAUCUGUGUGCAUGUGCAUAUAAAAUAUGUAUGCCUUAAAUCUGUGCACAUAAAUAUCAGUGCAUAUAAGUUGUAUUGUUUUUGCAGUUGUCAGAUACAAAAGUGUUAUUAUUUCAACAAGUGCGUUCAUCGCUAAGAAGUUUUAAUUUAACUUGUUGGAUGUUUCUGAGUAUUAUAAUUAUAUAUGCAGACACCUUAAUUACUGAGAUGUCAAAACAUCUCCUUAAAAUAUAACCUAUAGCUGUGAUCUCGUGAAUAAUCUGUACGUUGAUGUUAGUUGUAGAUGUAACUUGUGCCAGUCCUACAUUCACUGCUGUUUUUUUAACUGCUCGAGGAGAACUUAAUUGCUGUAAAAUUUUAUAAUAAGUAAAUUGAUUAAUAAACUUUUAUCUGUGGAAAACAUUCCCAUUCUAUCAAUACACUUA